AUGGAUCAGACCUGUGAACUACCCAGAAGAAAUUGUCUGCUGCCUUUUUCCAAUCCAGUGAAUUUAGAUGCCCCAGAAGACAAGGAUAGCCCUUUCGGUAAUGGUCAAUCCAAUUUUUCUGAGCCACUUAAUGGGUGUACUAUGCAGUUACCGACUGCCAGUGGAACAUCCCAAAAUGCUUAUGGACAAGAUUCUCCAUCUUGUUACAUUCCACUGCGGAGACUACAGGAUUUGGCCUCCAUGAUCAAUGUAGAAUAUUUAAAUGGGUCUGCUGAUGGAUCAGAAUCCUUUCAAGACCCUGAAAAAAGUGAUUCAAGAGCUCAGUCGCCAGUUGUUUGCACUUCCUUGAGUCCCGGUGGUCCAACAGCACUUCCUAUGAAACAGGAACCCUCUUGUAAUAACUCCCCUGAACUCCAGGUAAAAGUAACAAAGACUAUCAAGAAUGGUUUUCUGCACUUUGAGAAUUUUACUUGUGUGGACGAUGCAGAUGUAGAUUCUGAAAUGGACCCAGAACAGCCAGUCACAGAGGAUGAGAGUAUAGAGGAGAUCAUUGAGGAAACUCAGACCAAUGCCUCCUGCAAUUAUGAGCCUAAAUCAGAGAAUGGUGUAGAAGUGGCCGUGGGAAGUGACCAAGACAGCACAUCAGAGAGUAGACCCGGUGCAGUCAAAUCACCAUUCUUGCCAUUAGCUCCUCAAACUGAAACGCAGAAAAAUAAGCAAAGAAAUGAAGUGGACGGCAGCAGUGAAAAUACAGCCCUUCUCCCUGCCCCCUUUUCACUAGGAGAUACAAACGUUUCCGUAGAAGAGCAAUUAAACUCAAUAAAUUUAUCUUUUCAGGAUGAUCCAGAAUCCAGUACCAGUACAUUAGGAAACAUGCUAGAAUUACCUGGAACUUCAUCAUCAUCUACUUCACAGGAGUUGCCAUUUUGUCAACCCAAGAAAAAGUCUGCACCAUUGAAGUAUGAAGUUGGAGAUCUCAUCUGGGCAAAGUUCAAGAGACGUCCAUGGUGGCCUUGCAGGAUUUGUUCUGAUCCAUUGAUUAACACACAUUCAAAAAUGAAAGUUUCCAACCGGAGACCCUAUCGGCAGUACUAUGUGGAAGCUUUUGGAGACCCUUCUGAGAGAGCCUGGGUGGCUGGAAAAGCAAUAGUCAUGUUUGAAGGCAGACAUCAAUUUGAAGAGCUACCUGUCCUUAGGAGAAGAGGAAAGCAAAAAGAAAAAGGUUAUAGACAUAAGGUUCCUCAGAAAAUUUUGAGUAAAUGGGAAGCUAGUGUUGGUCUUGCUGAACAGUAUGACGUUCCCAAAGGAUCAAAGAACCGUUGUGUUGGAAGUUCAAUUAAGCUGGACAGUGAGGAGGAUAUGCCAUUUGAAGACUGUACAAAUGAUCCUGAAUCAGAACAUGAUCUGUUGCUUAACGGCUGUUUGAAUUCUCUGGCUUUUGACUCUGAACAUUCUGCAGAUGAGAAGGAGAAGCCGAGUGCUAAGUCGCGCGUCAGAAAGAGCUCUGUUAACCCAAAAAGGACUAGUGUGAAAAAGAGCCACGUGCAAUAUGAAGCACAUCAGGAAGAACGAAGGGCAAAGAUUCCAGAGAACCUUAACCUAAACUUUAGUUCUGGGGAUAUAUCUGAUAAGCAGGCUUCUAGUGAACUUUCCAGGAUAGCCAACAGCCUAACAGGGUCCAAUACAACACCAAGAAAUUUCUUAUUUUCUCCUUGUGGCAAAAACACUGCAGAGAAGGAAUUGGAGACUUCAAAUUGUGACUCUUUACUGGGCUUAUCUGAGGAUCACUUGAUCUCUAAGUGUUCUGGAGAGAAGAAGAAACCCCAAAGAGGGCUGGUUUGCAAUUCAAAGGGACAGCUCUGCUAUAUUGAAGCAGGUGAUGAGGAAAAGCGAAGUGAUUCCAUUAGUAUUGGUACCACUUCUGAUGAUGGAAGCAGUGAUCUGGAUCUUAUAGACCAUAGCUCUGAGUCUGAUAAUAGUGUCCUUGAAAUUACAGAUGCUUUUGAUACAACAGAGAGUAUAUUACCCAUACAGAAAAGUGAAAAAAUGAAGUAUUCUAGAUUUCCUACCACAAACACUAGAGUAAAAGCAAAGCAGAAGUCCUCUGUUACCAGUGCACAUACAGACCACUUAAUGGAUUCUCCUAAGACAGCAGAGCCUGGAACUGAGACACCUCAGGUUAAUCUCUCUGAUCUUAAGACAUCUUCCCUUACAUGCAAGCCCCCAUCAGACUUAAGAAAUGAUAUUCUUUCUACAAAAUUUAACUCAUCAAGUAUUUCCAAUGAGAACUCACUAAUAAAAGGUGGAGCUCCAAAUCAAGUUUUGUUACAUUCAAAAAGCAAACAGCCCAAGGUUGGAAGUAUAAAAUGCAAACACAAAGAAAAUCCACUUGUGAGAGAACCUCCUGUGACUAAUGAGGACUUCAGCUUGAAAUGUUGCUCUUCUGAUAUUAAAUGUUCUCCUUUGGCCAAUGUUUCUAAAAGUGGGAAAGUAGAUGGGCUAAAACUAUUGAGCAACAUGCAUGAGAAAACCCGGGACUCGAAUGAUAUAGAAACAGCAGUUGUAAAACAUGUUUUGUCUGAGUUAAAGGAGCUUUCCUAUAGAACCUUAAGUGAUGAUAUCAGUGACUCUGGAACAGCAAAGCCAUCAAAACCAUUACUUUUUUCUUCUGCUUCUGGCCAGAAUCAUAUACCUAUUGAACCAGACUACAAAUUCAGUACAUUGCUGAUGAUGUUGAAAGAUAUGCACGAUAGUAAGACCAAGGAGCAACGAUUGAUGACUUCGCAAAACUUGGUGUCUUAUCGAAGUCCUGGUCUUGGUGAUUGUUCUACGAGUAAUCCUUCAGGGGUGUCUAAGGUUUUGGUUUCAGGAGGUGCCACCCACAAUUCAGAAAAAAAUGGAGAUGGUACUCAGGACUCAACCCGUCCAAGCCCAAAUGGGGGCAAAAAUGUACAGUCUGGGGAGUUAUCUACCUCCUUACCUAGCUUAGUGUCUCACAGAAGAGACCUCUCUGCUUCUGGCAAAAGUCGUUCAAAUUGUGUUACUCGGCGCAACUGUGGGCGAUCAAAGCCUCCAUCUAAAUUGCAGGAUGGUUUUUCAGUCCCAUUUGGAAAGAACACGUUGAACCGGAAAGCCUUAAAGAUAGAGCGCAAAAGAAAACUGAACCGUCUUCCAGGUGUGACUCUUGAGGUUGCACUGCAGGGGGAUAAAGAGAGUGAAGGAAGCUCAAUGAUUGUCUCUUUGCAGGGAAGGGAGAAAGACUCUGGUAAAGAAGAGCUCCUUCCUCUGAAAGCCCAUGUAACAGGUGGAGAGUCAGCCCAUUUUUCUGAUGUUCAUUUUGAUAACAAGGUCAAACAGUCUGAGCCUGAUAAAAUUCCUGAAAAAGAUCCUUCGUUGGAAAACAGGAAAAAUCCAGAACUUGAUUCUAAAAUGAGUAAUGAGAAUAAUGAACACAAUGGCGUACAUCAAGUGGUGCCCAAAAAGCGGUGGCAGCGUUUAAACCAAAGGCGCACUAAACCUCGUAAGCGCACUAACAGAUUUAGGGAGAAAGAAAACUCAGAGGGUGCCUUUGGGAUUUUACUUCCUGGUGAUCCAGUGCAAAAGGGAGAUGAUCCACCUGAGCACAGACCUCCUACUUCCGCAAAUGUCCUAGAGGAUACUCUGACAGAUCCGAAUUGUGCAGGCUGCUUAGAUUCAGCUGCACCACAGUUGAAUGUUUGUGAUAAAACCAGUGCCAGCAUAGAGGAGAUGGAAAAGGAGCCAGGAAUUCCCAGUUUGACUCCCCAGCCUGAGCUCUUAGAACCAGCUGUGAGAUCAGAGAAGAAACGCCUUAGAAAGCCAAGCAAGUGGCUUUUGGAAUACACAGAAGAGUAUGAUCAGAUAUUUGCUCCCAAGAAAAAACAAAAGAAGGCUCAAGAACACCUACACAAGGUUACUUCACGCUGUGAAGAGGAAAACUUUAUAGCCCGAUGUCAGUCCAGUGCUCAGAAUAAGCAGAUAGAAGAGAAUUCUUUGAAUUCAGCCAAAGAAGAACCUCCAGUUCUUGAGAGGGAGCCUCCAUUUUUGGAAGGACCUUUGACUCAGUCAGAUCUUGGAGGUGGACAUGCUGAGUUGCCUCAGCUGACCUUGUCUGUACCUGUGGCUCCAGAUGUCUCUCCACGGCUUGCUCUAGAGUCUGAGGAAUUGCUAGUUAAACGUUCAGGAAACUAUGAAAGUAAGCGUCAGAGAAAACCAACUAAGAAACUUCUUGAAUCCAAUGAUUUAGACCCUGGAUUUAUGCCCAAGAAGGGCGAUCUGGGCCUUUCUAAAAAGUGUUAUGAAACUGGUUACAUGGAAAAUGACAUCACGGAAUCAUGUGCUUCAACUCACACUAAAGAGUUUGGUGAAGGUACAACAAAGAUAUUUGAUAAACCAAGAAAGAGAAGACGUCCGAGACUUAUUACAGCGAAGAUACAAUGUAAAAAAUUGAAAAAUGACAACCUAUCAAAGGAACCUAUAAGCUCAGAGGGAGAAAUGAUGUCACACAGGACCACAGCGAGCCCCAAGGAAGCUGUUGAAGAGGGCACGGAGCAUGACCAUGGGAUGCCUGUGGCUAAAAGAAUGCAGGGUGAACGAGGUGGAGGAGCUGCACUCAAGGAGAAUGUUUGUCAGAACUGUGAGAAACUGGGUGAACUCCUGUUAUGUGAAGCUCAGUGCUGUGGGGCUUUCCACCUAGAGUGCCUUGGGUUAACAGAGAUGCCAAGAGGGAAAUUUAUCUGCAAUGAAUGUCGCACAGGGAUCCAUACCUGUUUUGUAUGUAAACAGAGUGGGGAAGAUGUUAAAAGGUGCCUUUUACCCCUGUGUGGAAAAUUUUAUCAUGAGGAGUGUGUUCAAAAGUACCCACCCACUGUCAUGCAGAACAAAGGCUUUCGGUGCUCUCUACACAUCUGUAUAACCUGUCAUGCUGCUAAUCCAGCCAAUGUUUCUGCAUCUAAAGGUCGCCUGAUGCGCUGUGUUCGCUGUCCUGUGGCAUACCAUGCUAACGACUUUUGCCUGGCUGCAGGGUCAAAGAUACUUGCAUCUAAUAGUAUCAUCUGCCCUAAUCACUUUACCCCUAGACGUGGUUGUCGAAAUCAUGAGCACGUUAAUGUCAGCUGGUGCUUUGUAUGCUCAGAAGGUGGUAGCCUUUUGUGCUGUGACUCUUGCCCUGCUGCUUUUCAUCGUGAAUGCUUGAAUAUUGACAUCCCUGAAGGAAAUUGGUACUGCAAUGACUGUAAGGCAGGGAAAAAGCCACAUUAUAGAGAGAUUGUCUGGGUAAAAGUUGGACGUUAUAGAUGGUGGCCAGCUGAGAUCUGCCAUCCACGGGCUGUACCUUCCAACAUUGAUAAGAUGAGGCAUGAUGUGGGCGAGUUUCCUGUACUUUUCUUUGGGUCUAAUGACUAUCUGUGGACCCACCAGGCCAGAGUUUUCCCAUACAUGGAAGGCGAUGUUAGCAGCAAGGAUAAGAUGGGCAAAGGAGUGGAUGGAACAUAUAAAAAAGCUCUUCAGGAAGCUGCAGCAAGAUUUGAGGAGCUAAAAGCCCAAAAGGAGCUAAGGCAGCUGCAGGAAGACCGCAAAAAUGACAAGAAGCCACCUCCUUACAAACACAUAAAGGUAAACCGUCCUAUUGGCAGAGUCCAGAUCUUCACUGCAGACUUGUCUGAAAUUCCUCGAUGCAACUGUAAAGCUACUGAUGAAAACCCCUGUGGUAUAGACUCUGAGUGCAUCAACCGCAUGCUGCUUUAUGAAUGCCAUCCUACAGUGUGUCCUGCUGGGGGCCGCUGCCAAAACCAGUGCUUCUCCAAACGCCAGUAUCCAGAGGUUGAAAUUUUCCGCACAUUGCAGAGAGGCUGGGGACUUCGGACAAAAACAGAUAUUAAAAAGGGUGAAUUUGUCAAUGAGUACGUGGGUGAGCUAAUAGACGAAGAAGAGUGCAGAGCUAGAAUUCGUUAUGCUCAAGAACAUGAUAUCACUAAUUUCUAUAUGCUUACCCUAGACAAAGACCGGAUCAUAGAUGCUGGUCCCAAAGGAAACUAUGCUCGGUUCAUGAAUCAUUGCUGCCAGCCCAACUGUGAAACACAGAAGUGGUCUGUGAAUGGAGAUACUCGGGUUGGCCUUUUUGCUUUGAGUGAUAUCAAAGCAGGCACAGAACUUACCUUCAACUACAACCUGGAAUGUCUUGGGAAUGGAAAGACCGUUUGCAAAUGUGGAGCCCCAAACUGCAGUGGCUUCCUCGGGGUGAGACCAAAGAAUCAGCCCAUUGCCACAGAGGAGAAGUCAAAGAAAUUCAAGAAGAAGCAACAGGGGAAACGCAGGACCCAGGGUGAAGUCACAAAGGAGAGAGAAGAUGAGUGCUUCAGUUGUGGGGAUGCUGGGCAGCUUGUCUCUUGCAAGAAACCAGGCUGCCCAAAAGUCUAUCAUGCAGACUGUCUCAAUCUAACCAAGCGCCCAGCAGGGAAAUGGGAGUGUCCUUGGCAUCAGUGUGACAUCUGUGGGAAGGAAGCAGCCUCCUUCUGUGAAAUGUGCCCCAGCUCCUUUUGCAAGCAACAUCGGGAAGGAAUGCUCUUUAUAUCCAAACUAGAUGGACGUCUGUCUUGUACUGAGCAUGAUCCCUGUGGGCCCAACCCCCUGGAACCUGGGGAGAUCCGUGAGUAUGUGCCUCCUCCAGUAUCGCUGCCUCCAGGCCCAGGCUCUCACCAGGCAGAGCAAUCAUCAGGAACGGCUGCUCAGGGUCCCAAGAUGUCUGAAAAGCCACCUGCAGACACCAACCAGACAUUGUCACUAUCCAAAAAAGCUGUAGCAGGAACUUGUCAGAAGCAGUCACCGCCUGAAAAACCUCUUGAGAGAACUGACUCUAGGCCUCAGCCUUUAGAUCGCGUCAGGAACCUUCCUGGGCCAGGGACCAAACCCCAAUCCUUGGAGUCCUGUCAGAAGCCAGUGGAUAAGCCUCCUGAAAUAGCGGGACCAAGACCCCCCCUCUGUGACAAAUCCUCUCCAGUGACCAGCCCAAGUUCAUCACCUUCAGUCAGGUCUCAACAACUGGAAAGACCUCUGGGGACGGCUAGCUCAAGGCUGGAUAAAUCCAUAGGUGCUGCCAGCCCAAGACCUCAACCAUUGGAGAAAGCCCCAGUCUCCACUAGCUCGAGACUCCCAACACCAGACAGACUUCUAAUCACCAGUGGUCCUAAGCCCCAGACUUUAGACAGGCUCCCUGACAAAUCCCAUACCUCGUUGUCCCAGAGACUCCCACCUCCCGAGAAAGUGCUGUCAGCUGUGGUCCAGACCCUGGUAGCUAAAGAAAAAGCACUGAGGCCUGUGGACCAGAACACUCAGUCGAAAAAUAGAGCUGCUUUGGUUAUGGAUCUCAUAGACUUAACUCCUCGUCAAAAGGAGCGGGCACCUUCUCCCAAUGAAGGCACACCACAGGCUGAUGAGAAGAUGCCAGUGUUGGAGUCUAGCUCAUGGCAUGCCAGCAGAGGUCUGGGGCAGAUGCCUCGAACUGGUGACAGAGGUAGUGUGUCAGACCCUGUCCUUACACCACCUGGGAAAGCAACAACCCCUUCAAAGCAUCCCUGGCAAGCUGUUAAAUCACUUUCCCAAGCCAGACAUCUUUCUCAACCCCCUGCAAAGGCUUUUUUAUAUGAGCCAGCAGUUCAGGCCUCAUCAAGAGCACCUGCAGAGCCUGAGCAGACCCCAGGGCUUGCCAGCCAAGCCCCAGGCCUUGUGAAACAGAUAGCUGGAGUUCAGCAACUACCCGGACUUGCUGCCAAAGGGACAACACUGAGUGGGCAGUCCUUCAGACCUCUUGGGAAUGCCCCAACCUCACUCCCUUCUGAGGAGAAGAAGUUGGCCAUGACAGAGCAGAGUCCCUGGGCCCUGGGAAAGUCCUCCCUGGGGCCAGGGCUCUGGCCCAUAAUGACUGGACAGACAUUGUCAUCAUCAUGCUGGUCCUCUGGCAACACACAAACACUGGCACAGACUUGCUGGUCUCUUGGAAGAGGGCAAGACCCUAAACCAGAGCAAAAUACAGUGCCAGCUCUUAAUCAGGCUCCUUCCAAUCACAAAUGUUCAGAGUCAGAACAGAAAUAAUACUAGAAUUAUCACACAGCCAAACUACCCCCAGGGUAUUUGGGGAGGGAAAAUCUUUUCUUUUCCCCUGUGAAAACCUGAUAUACAGCAACACUUUUCCACUGUUAUUCCUUUCUUGUAUCUCAACACUCAGAAACUCUUGAGACAUUAGUCAGCAGGGGCUUAAUGGUUAUAUAAACCAUGUACGGAAAUCCAAGUGGGCCCCAUUCACAGGGACAGACAGAUUUGGGUCUCUUUCCCACAAUCUUAACAUAUGGUAAACUUGAAAUAAAGUCCACUCUGGA